UAGCAUCACAUGGAAGAAAUCCUCAGUAGCAUCAUACUUCUCCCAGUGAAGAACCUAGGACACUAAGAACUCGCCAGAAUCCUCUCCCUUGCUUCUUGAGGACCAACAGAAGGAUUGAAGAUGCUCAAGAAAAUCACUUCACAGUGAGGGAACACCUCAGCAGGAAUCCAAGAGGUGCCUCUCCAUGCCUGGUGGAUCUUCAAGCACGGCUUUCAAGACCUCAGAACAUCCUCUGGGCCAGCUGGGAUAAACACAGUGCCCCUGCACUGCAGGCAGAUGAAUAAAAAUUCUUCCAACACGAUGGCUUUGGCUCCUCAUACUUCUAACAAAAGAGAGACAGUGUGCAUAUUUGGAACUGGAGAUUUUGGACGAGCUCUGGGGCAUAAGAUGAUCCAGUCUGGCUACCCAGUGGUGUAUGGAAGCCGAAGCACCCAGAUAUCCAACCUGAUUCCCAAGGAUGCAGAGGUGUUGGGCCACGCAGAGGCAGCACAAAAAGCUGCCAUCAUCAUUAUAGCAAUCCAGAGGCAGCAUUACAACUUCCUCACACCACUGGCAGAGGUUCUCCGUGGAAAAGUCUUGGUGGACAUAAGCAACAACUUGAAGCUAAACCAGUAUCCUGAAUCAAACGCGGAGUACCUGGCUCAGCUGCUGCCCGGCAGUAAGGUUGUGAAAGCCUUCAACACCGUGUCAGCCUGGGCCUUGCAGUCGGGCACGCUGGAUGCAAGCCGGCAGGUGUUUGUCUGUGGAGAUGAUGUGGAAGCUAAACAAAUGGUCAUGAAUAUUGUUCGUGCACUGGGUCUCACUCCACUAGAUAAGGGAUCCCUCUUGGCUGCUCAGGAAAUAGAAAAUUACCCUCUGCAACUCUUUCCAAUGUGGAAGUUUCCCAUCUUUUUGUCCCUUGGCCUAACUGCAUUCUUCCUCUUGUACUGUGUGGCUCUUGAUAUAAUUUACACUUAUAUUUAUGAAAAGAAUGACUUUUCAUUUUUUAUUGCAAUUACCAUUCCAAAUCGGGUCUGCCCUGUAAUGGCACUCAUCCUUCUUGCCUUGGUGUAUCUGCCUGGUAUAUUUGCUGCAAUUAUUCAGUUAUACAGAGGUACCAAGUACCGCCGUUUUCCAGACUGGCUGGACAAAUGGAUGCUGUGCAGGAAACAGCUUGGUCUAAUAGCCUUGGCAUUUGCUUCCCUGCAUGCUGUGUUCACUCUUGUUACUCCAUUGCGCGCCUUCGCAAGUUGGAGAACUGGCAAAAGAAUCAUCUCCCAGGUACUAAACAAUAAAACAGAACCACUCGACCACACUAAUGCCUGGCUUAGUGACUCUUAUUUGGCUUUGGGAAUUUUAGGAUUUUUUUUAUUUGUUCUUCUGGGAAUAACUUCCUUGCCUUCAGUCAGCAACAAUGUCAACUGGCGAGAAUUUCGAUUUGUUCAGUCCAAACUGGGAUAUCUGGCACUGAUUUUGUGCACUGCACACACACUGGUUUAUGGUGGAAAAUGGUUCCUGAGCCCAUCAACGUACAAGUGGUAUCUUCCAGACAUCUAUAUGCUUUCUCUCAUUGUUCCAUGUGCUGUACUGGUUGUCAAAUUUGUGCUGAUAUUUCCUUGUGUAGACAAACCACUCACACAAAUUCGGCAGGGCUGGGAGAGAAAUCCCAAAUACUCAGAACAGUCAAAUUACAUUAUCAACAAGUCUGCUGUAUAAUUAGACAACACUGUAUUAUUAAAAAAAAAAAAAUAUUAUGAGGGCAGAUAAAAAUGAAGUCUUAAGCCUACUCUAUCUGGAAGGGGAGAGAAAAAGUGAAAACUUGGCCAGGCUCUGUAUAAAACAAAGCCACCCCGAUGACAAGCUUUAAAUACAAAUGAGGCCACUGAGUUUCUGCACCCCAGGCAUGCUUUCACGCAGUUGCAGACUCUCUAUUUUGCUUUGUUUAUUUCCCCUUGCCUAUUUAGUCACCAUUCUAAGAAGGAUACGUGAGAAGUAGGUUCCAUGUCCCUCUUCUGUUGUCCUGAACUCCUCCAGAGCUGAGCAGAAUCACAGAAACCUUUGGUGUUAGACAGUGUUUGCUCCUCUUUCUUAUCCUGCCCAUCAGGACUCAGCUCUACGUGCAGCUACACAUAUCCACAGAGAUCCAUAUGCACACCUGCAUGAGUUUCCACACAUUUCCCUGUUUCUAACCCCAGAAGCCACCAGCACCAACAAAACGGAUGCAUGAUGGAUGCUAGCUAAGGAACAGAGCUUUGCCUCCUAGCAUUGUUUAUCCUCCAUUAAUAUCUGAUCCAAGGAGAGAGCUAUGUUGAUGCCUUAGAGAUAGUUGAGUAAGAUUUGUUUGGUUUGUGUACAGGAACCCUGAUGUUCAAAGUGUGUGGGUCAAGGACUGCUGAAUCUUUGCUUGUACUGCUCUACCAGAUACUCAGGGGCAAGGGGAAGGAGUAGAGAUCAAAAUGGCAGAGAUGUAAGAAAUGCUUACAAGCCUCAUCUUUUCAAGUAUAGGCAAAAAAUUAUUUGUGAUUUUUUUUUUUUGGUGUAAGCAGUGAGUUGUAAGAAAAUAAACUGGAGAAAAAUCCUUUUAUUUGAGGAGUUAUAUGUAAUAGUCAUAUCUCAUGAAGAUAAUACUGUUGAUUUAAAAAAAAAAAUCAUUGUAUGUGAUAUUACAGAAAUUCUAUGAAAAUACACAUGUUUUAAAGACAAUAAAGAUUUUUUUUUUUACA